AAAUCGUAAUACCUACAUUUCCGACAGGACCUGAAAGCAGCACCGGGACUACAUUUGACACUUCUAGCCUGACACAAGCUAAGGUUCAGCAUGUCUGAGAAGGAGCUGGGGAAAAAGUGGGACCGGUGCCUGGCAGACAGUGCCAUUAAACUCGGUACUGGGCUGGGGUUAGGCAUCGUGUUUUCUGUUCUGUUCUUCAAACGGCACACCUGGCCGAUUUCAUUCGGUUCAGGAGCGGGACUUGGCAUGGCGUAUGCCAACUGUCAGAAUGACCUGAGGUCACAUUAUUUGCAGCAUAGAAGCGAAAAGGAGUAGUAGCUGCCAGUCAUCGAGGGACUGUCGUUUAUUUUAUUUUUUUGGAGUAUGUUCUUUUUGUUUUGUUGUCUGUGGGAGAGUCACCAUUUGCACUGUUCUGCAGUUAGAUCCUUGUCUCCCUGUCGAACGACCCAUCCCUACUUUGACUCUGUAUCAUUUGUAUGUGCCUGAUCAGGACAGUCUGUGUUUAUUUAAUAAAAUAUUCAUAACAACAGAAA